UCAUGCGUUGUUUGGUUCUUGUCUCUUUUGCCAUCUUUGGGCUUGUUGUCAACGCUUCUUUUGCUCUAGAAAACCAUCUUGGAUUAAAUCAAGGGGUCUAUGCUGUUAAAAGGCACGUUCGUUCUUCACCGCAAUACCAUCGGAUGCGCCCUGAAAAAUUACCACUUCGAAAAGGGCCUCGUAGGCAGUCUCCUUGUAAAAAAGUGCCACAUAAAGGUAGAAAACGAAACUCAAAAUGGAAAAUUUAGUGUCAAUCAAAGCCAUUUCUAAACUGUGGAUUGUAUAAAUUUGUUGUAAACUUUUUUAUUAUUAUUAUUAUUAUUAUUAUUAUUAUUAUUAUUAUUAUUAUUAUUAUUAUUAUUAUUAUU